GGCAUCCAUCACAACACCACACAACCCGAUCUACAUACUGUACGCACGGAGCCACCGCCAGUUGACGAUCGACGACUAUGUGGACAGAACUCUUUGGGGACCAGCUUCUCGUUCACUCUACCAAGCAAAGCAGCACCGUGCCUACUAGCACCGUGUUAGAAGGCAAGGUCAUCGUUGGACUCUACUUCAGUGCCCACUGGUGCACUCCUUGUCGGGAAUUCACGCCGGUAUUGGCUGCCAUGUACGCCAAAGUCGUAGCCCUGCACCCCGAGUUUGAGAUCGUAUACAUUUCCAGCGACCAGUCUCCAGGCCAAUUCGACGCCACGUUCGACUCGAUGCCGUUUCCUGCCCUCCCGUAUGUCAACCGUGACAUCAAAGCCGAGCUCGUGGCGUCCUUCAACGUCCCAUGGGUGCCAUUCUUGGUCUUCGUGGAUGCUGUAGGAAAUGUCAUCGAACGCGACGGCCGGAGGUUGUUUGUGUCGGCAAAGUCCGUCGACACGGUGUGGGACUCACUCAGCAAUCCGGCAAUGAUGUAGAUACAUUCCAAUAUAAAUUAUACUUUUGUGUAUUCAAA